AGUUUACGUGCGAAAAUGUCCUGUUUAAAGAGCGCCUGCGCAAUUUUUCUGCGACCAACCAUAUGUGCUGCUGUGAGCCAAGCUAUCGGUUUGCAACGAGGAGGCAUAUUGAAGCACAGAGAGAAUGGGGAAGAAACAGAAAAAUAAAGGCGAGGACAGUGCCAAAGAUGACAUUGACAUUGAUGCCCUGACUGCUGAGAUUGAGGGAGCGGGAGCAGCUAAAGACCAGGGCAAAGGAAAAGGCAAAAAGAAGAAGGGCAAACAGAAAGAAGAGUUUGAUGAGGAUGACAUUCAGAAAGAGCUCGAGGAGCUGUGUUUGGAAACGCAGGGAGGAAAAGCCAACAAAGACGCAGUAAAGAAAUCUGACAGCUUCGAGGAAGACGAGCCUGUGGUCCCUAAAGAGAAGAAGAAGACGCGUGGAGGCAAGGGCAAGCGAGCCAGCCUCGAGGAUGAGGAGGGUGAUGAGGAAGCUCCGGGUGCGGCUGGCGUGGGGGCGGACGGCGGGCCCCGGGGUCAGAAGGCGGUGGCGACAACGGCUCCUGCUGCUGCUGCUUCUGCUGCUUCUGCUGCUGCUGACGACGACGACGACUCGGACGACGAGGGCUCGCGGACGCGGCAGAGAGCCAAAGGCGGCAAGAAAGGCGGCCGCAAAGCAGCCUCGGACUCCGAGGAGGACGAGGACAACGGAGAGUCCCAAAAAGAUGGAGGAGGAGGAGGAGGAGGAGCAGGAGGAGGAGUAGGAGGAGGAGGAAGCGGAGGAGGUGGCGGCAGCAAGGGCGAGGACGGCGAAGACUCGGACGAAGGACCUCAGGUGAGGAAGAAGGCCCAGAAGAAACAGAAGGGGAAGAAGGCUGCGGACAGCGACGAGGAGGACGAGGACGACGGCACCUUCAAGGUGAAGACGGCCGCGCAGAAGAAGGCGGAGAAAAAGGAGCGCGACCGCAAGAAGAAGGAGGAGGAGCGGGCCAAGAUGAAGGCCAAACAGGACGAGGCCGCCGCCAAGAAGGCCGACCCAGACGCUGGAGAGGUCAAGAAGGGCGAGACGCCGUCCGAAGCCAAGUUGCUGGAGAAGGCCUUGUCUGAGGAGAAGGACGCGGCGGAUGCCAUGGGAGAGGAGGAGGCCGAGGGAGACAAAAAAAAGAAGAAGAAGAAGAAGGGAGAGAAGGAGAAGGAGGAGAAGAAGAAGGGUCCCAGCAAGGCCACGGUAAAGGCCAUGCAGGAGGCGCUGGCCCGCAUGAAGGAGGAGGAGGAGCGCAUCAAGCGCGAGGAAGAGGAGCGCAUCAAGAGGAUGGAGGAGCUGGAGGCCCAGAGACAGGAGCAGGAGAGGCUGGAGCAGGAACGCAAGGAGAAGAAGAAGCAGAAGGAUAAAGAGAGGAAGGAGAGGCUGAAGAAGGAGGGCAAGCUUCUGACCAAAGCCCAGAAAGAGGCGCGCGCGCGAGCCGAGGCCACACUGAAGAUGCUGCAAGCGCAGGGUAUUGAGGUGCCAUCCAAAGACUCAUUGCCAAAGAAGAAGCCCAUCUAUGGGGACAAGAGAAAAAAGAAGCCCGUUUCUCAGACUCCUGAAGAAACCUCUGAGGUGACUUCACCUACACCAGUAACGGCAGAGCCUAUCGCAGUCGAGAAGAUGGAGGUGGACACGCCCAAACUGGAAGCAGCAAAGGAACCGAAGCCAGAGGCUGCAGACGUGGAUGACUGGGAGGCCAUCGCCAGUGAUGAAGACAAAGAGCUGAAGAAAGUUCACAUAGAGGUGAAGGAGACUCAGCCGCGGAAGACAGCAGCACCACAGGCUGAGAACGGCAGCGAGGAGGAGGAGGAUGAGGAGGAUGACGAUGACGAUGAAGAGGAGGAUCAGGAGGAUGAAGAGGAGAGUGAUGGGGCUGAGGAGGAGAAACCGGCGACGCAGGCGACGCAGAGUGCCAAGAAGGCGGAGAAAGAGCCAAGCUCGGAUUCGAGUAGCGAGAGUGACUCUGAUGAUGGGCGCACCAAAGAGGAGCGACUCUACGACAAGGCCAAGAGACGCAUCGAGAAACGACGACAAGACAACCUGAAGAAUAUUAACCUGGACAAAUUGAGAGCGCCGGUUAUCUGUGUCCUGGGCCAUGUCGACACAGGAAAGACCAAGAUCCUGGAUAAGCUGAGACACACCCAUGUGCAGGAUGGUGAGGCGGGAGGAAUCACCCAGCAGAUCGGUGCCACCAACGUUCCACUGGACACCAUUAUGGAACAGACCAAGAUGGUCAAGAAUUUUGACAAGGACAACGUCAAGAUUCCUGGAAUGCUUAUCAUUGACACGCCUGGUCACGAGUCCUUCAGUAACCUGAGGAACAGGGGCAGUUCUCUGUGUGACAUAGCCAUCCUGGUGGUGGACAUCAUGCACGGCUUGGAGCCCCAGACGCUCGAGUCCAUCAACCUGCUCAAGGAGAAGAAGUGUCCCUUCAUAGUCGCCCUCAACAAGAUCGACCGUCUGUAUGACUGGAAGAAGAGUCCUGAGACAGACGUGCAGACCACGCUGAAGAAGCAGAAGAAGAACACCAAGGACGAGUUUGACGAGAGGGCGAAGGCCGUGAUCGUGGAGUUCGCCCAGCAGGGUCUCAACGCCUCCCUUUUCUACGAGAAUAAGGACGUCCGCACCUUUGUUUCCCUGGUACCUACUUCUGCCCACUCCGGUGACGGCAUGGGCAACCUGAUCGGCCUGCUGGUGGAGCUGACCCAGACCAUGCUGGCACGCCGCUUGGCACACUGUGACGAGCUGCGGGCACAAGUCAUGGAGGUGAAAGCCCUGCCUGGCAUGGGCACCACCAUCGACGUGAUCCUGAUCAACGGGCGACUGCGUGAGGGUGAGACCAUUAUCGUGCCCGGGGUGGAGGGACCAAUCAUCACCCAGAUCAGGGGUCUGCUACUGCCCCCACCACUCAAGGAGCUCAGAGUCAAGAGCCAGUAUGAGAAGCAUAAGGAGGUGUGUGCGGCGCAGGGUGUGAAGAUCCUGGGGAAGGACCUGGAGAAGACGCUGGCAGGUCUGCCCCUGUUGGUGGCGCACAAGGACGACGAGGUCCCCGUCCUGAGGGAUGAUCUGAUUCGGGAGCUGAAGCAGACGCUGAACUCCAUCAAGCUGGAGGAGAAGGGUGUGUACGUCCAGGCCUCCACACUUGGCUCCCUUGAGGCUCUGCUGGAGUUCCUCCGCACCUCCAAAGUGCCUUAUUCGGGCAUCAACAUCGGCCCGGUGCACAAGAAGGACGUGAUGAAAGCCUCCACCAUGCUGGAGCACGACCCACAGUACGCUGUGAUCCUGGCCUUUGAUAUUAAGGUGGAGAGAGACUCGCAGGAGAUGGCCGACAGUCUGGGCGUGCGCAUCUUUAGCGCCGAGAUCAUCUACCACCUGUUCGACGCCUUCACCAAGUACCGGGAAGACUACAAGAAGCAGAAACAAGACGAGUUCAAGCACAUUGCUGUUUUCCCAUGCAAACUGCGAAUCCUACCCCAGUUCAUCUUCAACUCCCGAGACCCUAUCGUCAUGGGUGUGAUCGUAGAGGCCGGGGUCAUUAAACAGGGAUCGCCACUCUGCGUGCCCAGUAAAGGGUUUGUAGAUAUCGGCAUCGUUACCAGCAUUGAGGUAAACCACAAAGGGGUGGAGAGUGCCAAGAAGGGCCAGGAGAUCUGUGUGAAGAUCGAGCCCAUUCCGGGCGAGUCGCCCAAGAUGUUCGGCCGACACUUUGAGGCGACCGACUUCAUCGUUAGCAAGAUCACACGUGCAUCCAUCGACGCGCUCAAAAACUGGUUCCGUGACGAGAUGACAAAGUCCGACUGGCAGCUCAUCAUGGAGCUUAAGAAGACCUUUGAAAUCAUCUGAGCACAGGAGAAAUGACUGUCCGCGUCCACACACACACAGGCAUACAUACAUACACACACACACACACACACACACACACACACACACACACACAGGCAUACAUACAUACACACACACACACACACAUACACACACACAGGCAUACAUACCAACACAGGCAUAGACCCUGCCUAUCUUUGCGCACUCCUGAGAUGACGUCUCUAAUGAAGGAGGCAAAAGGUUUGAGAAACACAUACACACACUUUACCCACACACACAAACGCAUCUCAUCGUACCAUCACGGGGGGGGGGGAUUGCAGUGUGGAAGCUGAUGCCCCCCCCCCCCCUCCCCCUCCCCUUGCUCUGGGUGGGGAUUGUAAUGAUAAAGCAAGAAAGAGACAGAAGAGGGACAAAAAGUGUUUUCUGUGAGAAACCGAACUAUUUCCACUGUUUUAACAGUGACAGUUAGACAAACAAUUACACACUAUUCCAAUGUGCCUGUUCUUCUGACUCUUCAGGUUUUAGUUUUUUUUUUUUUCCUCUUUUCAUUUCACGGCUGCCCUCUGUCCUGCUGUGUCCAGAGCCUGCCCCCCACCCACCCACCCACCUCUAUGGUCAUGACGCGAGCGUGUGUGUGUGUGUGUGUGGGGGGUGGGGGGGGGGUUGCUCAGGGCCCAGAAGUGUGGGGCUCCAGGUUCCUCUCUGAGAUUCUCCCAGCUGGGCUUUUAGAUGUUUCAGUAUUAGCAGUGUUUUACUCUGUGUUUUUCCAUCCUCCUCCGGUUAUUAUUUUCGGGGUUAUUUUUGAACGCUAAGGUAACCCCAUCCCCUCGCCUCACCAAGCAAACGAUUCGACUAUGAAUUCCAUCACUUAGCCUCCAGUGCUCCCGCUGGUCUGCCCGGCACCUCGUGGGCGUUUCUACAAUCAGGUGGACAAAGGAGGAUGCAGGCAACACUUUAACUGAGCUGAAAUGUAAAAGAAAAGAUUAAAAAAACAAAUAUUCCAAUAAAGAAAUGGCAUAUUUAUA